UUUUUCUUUCACUACGUUCAAUAUCGCUUUGAUCGCAUUGCAAUAUAUUUCAGUACAAUAAUAUAGUUUCAUUAUUCCGUACAAAAGCUUCACGAGUAUUCAUUGAGUUCCACUUCUUUCUCUUCUCCUUAUCUUUUUCAACACAUUGUUCAUACACUAGUACAAAAAUAAACAAUUAUCAACAGAAUUUUUCGGCUUGAAGAUGCGUUACAACAAAACGGACAUAGCACUAGUCAAUCCGGUCCUUUCAGUUGCGUGGCUGCAUUCUGACUGUCCGCUCAGACUAACGCUGCUCAGAUUAAAGGUUCAUUAAUUAUGCACCGUCCAUGUGGCUUCCGAUCAAGGCGGUUCCACAUAUUCAAUGGAUAUAUUUUUUUCUAGCGAGCAAACUUUUCAGCAAAAUGAAAAGUAUUAACAAGUUACAGCCGUUUCACCAUUAUCGUAACUUUUUUUUGUGGAGUUCUAGCUCUUCUCUUAUAGACCCUUAAGAAAUUUUACACACAUGUCGCAGUCGCAAUUCUUCAUCAAUUUACGCAUACGUGGACGUAGUAUAAGCGAUAGUGUAUGCAAUAGAAAAGAGACAGAAACACGUACAAACGAAGGCGGUAGAUAUUUCUGCUGAUGGAUAUGGAUAGUCAUUUGUGCGUUCCCGCGAUAAUAAUUUAUUUAAUCGCUUCUUUCGGCAUUAAAACGCUCCAACAAUAUGAUAAUACAUGUGUGCGCAUCAUGUUCUUGUUCUCGUUCUAAUAUUCACGAGCAUUAGCUAAACAAGAGUUUUCUUUACAUGGCAUGCACGAUAACUUGUUGCAGACGUGGGAGUGAGUUUUCCUUCAGAAAGAGACACAGUAUCCUUUAGACCUUAGACAUGAAACGUUCAAGCGGGUAUAAUGAUUUCGAAUGGGCCGUCGGUAUAAAUCGGUUUAUGUUAAGAGUCGUCGGUUUAUGGCCGCCAGACAAUCAUGGCGCUCGUGCAACAGUGGACUCGAAGUUUCGGAUACUGUGCAGUUUUAUCACCUUAUUUAUCGUAUUGACAAUACCGGCUUUAAUAUCACUGAUAAAAGUAUGGGGUGACAUGACUUUAAUGAUAGAAAAUAUGCAAUACACUCUACCAAUUCUGGGUGCGGUAUUUAAAAUUUGCAUUAUCUCGCAAAAACAAGCAGAUUUACUACCCUUAGUUGAAAUGAUUGAAAGAGACUGGGUAAAACCGAAGUCGGAAGAGGAGCGAGGCGUGAUGCUGAGGCGUGCAAGGACUGUACGCGCGAUUGCCAUGUGUGGUUUGUUCUCGACAAUUUUGACAAUAAUAAGUGUCUUUAGUUUUACGUGUUUUGAACUGAUAUUCAAGCACGUGACGAACCUAACUAAUUCCGGAAGGUCUUUGCCCAUACCAUUAGACUAUUUGCACGAUAUUUCCAAGAGCCCGCAAUACGAAUUGACGCUGGCGGCGCAACUAUUCGCGGUUGUUACAAGUUGUUGUUCUUAUACGGCAGUCGAUUAUUUUCUUGGAUUGUUAGUUUUGCACGUAUGCGGCCAACUGGAGAACUUAUAUUUGAGACUGACACGUAUGGAAAAGUACACGGACUUCAGUACAGCUUUAAAGCACAACGUCCAGGAUCAUGUCCGCUUAAUCAGAUCUAUCAAAAUUAUUGAUCAUACAUUUGAUUCAAUGCUUCUUGUACUACUACUCCAUUUUGCCAUAUUAUUCUGCUUUCAAGGAUUUCUCAUAGUUGACGUUGUUAAUCGAAAGGGCCAAUUAUCAAUGAUACAAUUAAUUUGGUUCGUCGCAGCUAUCGUGUAUGCUCUGAUACAUAUGUGCCUUUAUUGCGUUGUCGGCGAAAUACUCGUAAUACAAUAUGAGAAAAUACAUCAGGCCACAUACGAAUAUCCGUGGUAUAAUAAGGAAUCAAAAGUAGCAAAAAACUUGAUACUAAUCAUGCUUUGCGCGAGUAAACCACUUCUCAUCACUGCCGGAAAGAUAUUUCCUAUGACGAUGGCGACGUUUUGCAACUUGUUGAAAACUUCAGCAGGUUACAUAUCGAUUUUACUUGCCAAUCAAAACUGAUAAAUAUAUUUUGUGCUGAGAGUACAAUUCUUUAGUAAUAAUAUAGUAUAUA